AUGCAGGUUCGCCUUGCAUCCAAGAAGAAAAUGGACAUGUGGUAUCUUGAUAGUGGAUGUUCAAGGCAUAUGACCGGAAGGGAUACUUUCUUCAUUAAACUCAACAAGUAUAAUGGAGGAUUUGUCACUUUUGGAGAUAAUGGUAAAGGUAAAAUAAUUGCCAUUGGUAAGGUUGGCAAAGAUUUUUCAACUUGCAUUGAUAGUGUCUUCUUAGUUGAUGGGUUAAAGCAUAAUCUAUUGAGCAUAAGUCAAUUGUGUGACCUUGGGUAUGCUGUAACCUUUAGGAAAUCUGAUUGUAGAGUCAUAAAUGAGAAAACAGGGGCAGUUUUAUUUGUUGCCAAAAGAAGUGACAAUGUUUAUGGUAUCACUCUAGAUGAUCUAAAAGUUCAAAAUGUAACUUGUUUCUCUUCAAUGGAAUCUAAAAAAUGGAUGUGGCAUAAGAGGUUAGGACAUGCUAGCAUGUUCCAAAUCUCUAAGCUUGUAAAGAGAAGCUUAGUUAGAGGUCUUCCUAAUAUAAAAUUUGACAAGGAUAUCACUUGUGAUGCUUGUCAAAUGGGUAAACAAAUUAAAACCUCUUUCAAACCCAAGGAAGAUGUCUCUACUAAGAAACCAUUGGAGUUGUUACAUCUUGAUCUGUUUGGACCAACUAGGACUCAAAGUCUUGGAGGAAAGAGUUAUGAAAAUUUAGGAAAAUUUGAUCCUAAAACACAUGAAGGGAUUUUUCUUGGUUACUCCACAAAUAGCAAGGCCUAUAGAGUUUAUAACAAGAACUCCAAAACUGUUGAGGAAACCAUGCAUGUCACUUUCUGUGAGACUAACAUUAUUCCUAGUGUUUGCUUAGAUGAUAGUCCAGGUUUUGAAGCUGAACUACCCAAGAAUGAUGAGCCAGUUCAACAAAAUUCAAGUUCUCAGGAAGCUGCACCUACUAGCAACGAAAAUUCCAAUUCUGCAGGAGACAAUUUGGAAUUAUCUCCUGUUGCUGCAGAAAAUACUGAUGCAGAGGCCAUUGUUGAUCAAGAGGAACCUGUAUCCUCACACCAAUCAAAAAGACCAAGAGAAUGGAGGUUUCUGAAAAACUAUCCUGAAGAGUUCAGAGGAAGGGAUUGA